AUGCCCCAACUUAACUAUGGCAAUGGUCCCAACUAUGGCAAUGGUCCCUACUAUGGCAAUGGUCCGAACUAUGGCAAUGGUCCCAACGAUGGCAAUGGUCCCAACGAUGGCAAUGGUCCCAACGAUGGCAAUGGUCCCAACUAUGGCAAUGGUCCCAACUAUGGCAAUGGUCCCAACUAUGGCAAUGGUCCCAACUAUGGCAAUGGUCCCAACUAUGGCAAUGUUCCCAACUAUGGCAAUGGUCCCAACUAUGGAAAGGCCGGGGACAAGCUCGCUGACGUGUCCUGUGCAGGAAGAGCAACAUUUAGGAGUAGAUCUCAGUAUGACUCAGCCGCACUGAGCCUGUGGCAAUACUCUGGCUAG